AUGUCGGCAACUGCCGAUAUUAGUAAUACUAAUUUUACGACUAUUUCAAAUAAAACAACCGAACGACUUGUACGAAACAUACCAUUAUUGAUGAAUCAAAGCAGAAGUCCUAUGCCUCUUCAACGGCAAGAAAUCAAGGAACGUUUAGAUUCUGGAUCACAAAAUAAGACAAUCGUCGAUUUAGAUGAGAUCAUAGAAAAAUGGGUAUGGAAAAUGUGGGAGUUAUCCAAGCGAAGUCGUGAAGAUUCAAAAUAUCGUCGUGAAGAACUUGAUAUAAAAUUGAAUUGGAAACGUGUAAAUUUUUGGCAAUCUGACGCUGUAUUCACACGUCCAACACAAUUACGAAUGCCCAAAUCUCAAAUAUUAUUUAAAACUCAUUUUUCAAACAAUACUGAUCGUGAACAGGAGUAUUCAUUACAUGCUCAGCGUUCAACAACAACAACAUUAAAUUUCACAUUUACGCGCGGCUUUACUAAAGAAAAAGAAGGUUGUGUAAAAUUAAAAUUGCCAAAUGAAGUGUUAGAAGUUGGUGGCGGUCUUCGACAUGAACAACGUGUUGACUAUGGAAGAGACUCAACGUUUGAAACACAAAUGACAUGGUCAGCUGACUCAGCUAUUCGUGUAGCGCCACAAUCAAGAGCAAAUGCUGAAUUAUGCAUAACUGAAGAAGAAUAUGGAGCUGAUUUUUCAGUUGAAGUGCGUUUUAGUGGUCGAAUAUCAGCAAUGAUUAGUACACGAAAUAAUACGGGAGGUUAUUAUAAAUAUAUGGAAGGCGAUUUAGCAACCAUAUUUUCCGAUGCAUUACGUUCAGGCAAUAGUGGAGCCAGUGGCGGUCAAUUUGAAGUACAUGAACCAACACAAACAGUUCGAACAGUUAUGUUAGGUAAAUGUGCAUUUCGAUAUGGCAUUGAACAACAUGUUCAUGUUGAACAAGGAAAAUUAGCUGAUUUAUCAUCAAAUGUAACUAACGAACCACCACCAAGAUAUCGACCAGUGUUUGUGUCACAUGAAAAUCAUUGA